CCCUCGCCAUCGAAAUCAGUUUCAUUCCAAUUCCCGCUCUAACAAAACCCUAACUCCACUCUCUCUUCUUCAUCCUCUCACCGGCGAAAUCAGUUCGGACGAAAUCAACUGUUCUCCUCCAUUAUUCCGGCCAACUGUUCUUCAUCCUCUCACCAUCUCUUCUCUCUUCUUCAUCCUCUUACCAACUCUUUUCCUCCAAAUCUGUUCGGACGAAAUCAGUUUCCAAACUGGCAGCAUUUGUUCCCGGCCGGCAGCAUUGUUCAUUCUCAGUAUACUGGCAGUACCGGUAUAUUUCUUGUUUUUUUUUUUUGUUUUUUUUUAUCUCUGUAAAUUUCUUGAAGAUGAUAAACUUAAACAAUUUUUGCAUCAGUUUGGCCCUCAGAAUUGGAAUUUAAUUGCUCUAAAUCUUCAGGGUAGAUCUGGUAAUCAUUUUUUUUUCAUUCUUACUCACAUUCUCUUCUUACCACUUUCAAUUCAUUGCCCCUUAAUUUGACUAAUGAUGAAAACAUUUAGUUUUUCAACAUGGGUUUUUAAAUUAUUUACAGUAUUUUUGUGUCCAAUUUAUAUCAUAGAACUUAGAUAUAAUUAGACUUUCAUAAUUCUCAGAGCUUUCUGUCCAAUUUUAUUCAAAAUAAAUCGUGUCGUUCUUGCAUUGUGAUAUAUUCUCAAUCCUUGAAUUUCAUCGACUAUUGCAAGCAUUUUUAUUUUAGGGAGUUAUUGCUGAUGAAAUCAUAUCCUGUAUAUUAGCAGGAGUCUCAGUGUACAAUCCUCUGUUGGUCAUCAACCAUUUUGUUGAUUUUGUUUAAAAGUAUUCGACCUCAGGUCUUGCGUGCCAUUUUCCUUUUAGUGUCUUGCCUUCCAAUUAAUGUACAAUUCUGCAGCAUGAUAGCAGCAUUUUAAUUGUAUGGUGUAAAUGAAAAGGAUGGAAAAUAAACUAGUUGUUGUUACAUGUUGUAUGCAUAUGGAAUUUUUUAAUCUUAUUAUUAUAUAAUAUGUAUAGGAUGUCUCAAUAUAUUGAUAAGAGUUGGAAAAAAUAACCAAGAAAUACAGAAGCUUAUAUAAAGGGGGUUAGUGACUUUAUGGACUUUGCAAAGAAAGGGACACAAAAUGGUUUCAUUAGAUGCCCUUGUUGCAAGUGUCAAAUUGAUAGAAAGAAAGUAUUAGCACUAGAGGAGGUUGAAAGACACAUUUUGUUUAAAGGGUUUUAUAAAGAAUACAAGGAUUGGAUAUUUAAUGGACCUAUGACUGUUGCGGAGAAUGUGUGUAAUCAAAUAGGGAUUCCAUUUAUAGCUUCCAAUGAAUCAGAAAUCUUAGGUCAAGAUGAUAUAUCGAGGUUACUUCGAUAUGCUUUUGGGUCAAAUAUUUUAGGUGUUUCUGAGUUUGGUAGAGAACUAAAUGAUGAGGGGUUAGCUAAUGAUACUAUAGAGAAACCUAAUUUGCUACAUGAAUCUGAUGAAUUUCCUACACAACAACUUGAUGUGAACUCUUUUUUUGAAGCAGUCAAAUUUAGCAAGCUUUAUAAAGCUUCUAAUGAACCUCUUUUAUGAAGCUUGUACUUCCUUUUCAAAGCUAUCAUUCAUCUUGCACCUUUUUCAUCUUAAGUGCCUGUUCAAGUGGCCAGAUAAAUUAUUCUCAAUGUUGAUUCAUCUUUUACUUGACGCAUUUCCACAAAUAAAAAAAUUUCCUUCCUUAUACUACCAAGCCGAGAAAUUGAUCAUGGAUUUAGGUUUGGGGUAUGAAAAGAUCCAUGCAUGUCCUAAUGAUUGCACAUUAUAUUGGAGUGAGAUGGCUGGAAAGGAUUCUUGCCCUAAAUGUUCUUGUUCAAGAUGAAAGAGUGAAAUAGAUAAGGUUAAGGUUCCAGCAAAGGUGAUGAGAUAUUUUCCUUUGAUUACUAGAUUACGAAGGAUGUAUAUAUCAUCUGAGAUAUCUAAGGACAUGAGAUGGCAUGAUGAAUGUAGACAUAAUGAUGGCACCCGACUGAUGGAAAAGCAUUGAAGGAAUUUAAUGUCCAAUAUCUAGGGUUUUCCAAUGAUGCUCGUAGUGUUAGACUUGGUUUUGCUAGUGAUGGUUUCAAUCCUUAUCGUCUAAUGAACACAACCUAUAGUACAUGGCCAAUAAUUUUAAUUCCUUAUAACCUACCUCCAUGGUCGUGUAUGAAGCCAUCUUCAUUUAUUUUGUCGAUGAUCGUUCCUGGCAAGGAAGGGCCAGGGAAUAAUAUUGACAUUUAUAUGCUUCCUUUGAUACAUGAGUUGAAAUUAUUGUGGAAAGGUGUCAAUGCUUUUGAUUCGUACACUAAUGUGAAUUUCAAACUUCAAGCAACUUUAAUGUGGACAAUUAACGAUUUUCCAGCUUAUGCCAUGUUAUCAGCAUGGAAACUAAGGGUUAUAAUGCUUGUCCUGACUGUAAUUACUCAACUCCCUCUACACAAGUCGAAAAUAAGAUAUGUUACAUAGGACAUCGUUUGUUUGAUGGACUGAAGAACAUGGUAGUGCUCCUUCACCUAUGGCUGGCUCUGACGUUUUAAGAGAGCAACAAACUUUGAAGUAUGAGUAUGGGAAAAUUCAAAAGUCAUUUAAAAGACGAAAACGACAGUUUAUAACUUAGAUGUCAUGCAUAUAGAGAAAAAUGUGUGUGAUAAUCUUAUUGGAACUUUGAUGAAUAUAGAUGGAAAAAGUAAAGAUAAUGAAUUUGUUCGCAUCUUUUUUAAAAAUAGAAACGUGAAGCCAUAUUUUUGGCUGCAACGUCAUAGUGACAAUGAAUUCAUCAUGCCACUCGCCCCAUAUUAUAUGACUGGGGUAGGCAAAGAGUCAUUUCUACAUGUUUUAGCAAAUAUUAGAUUUCCUGAUGGAUAUGGAUCAAAUAUUUCAAGAUGUGUGAACUUGAAAAGCAAGAAGCUUAUGAAUCUUAAGAGUCACGACAACUACAUAUUAAUGCAAGAUAUCAUUCCAAUAGCAUUGAAAUCAUCUCAAGCCUCCACGGUUAUUGAUCUUGCUGAUGAUCUAACAUCGUUUUUUAAGUCUCUUUGUGCAAAAGAAAUUGAUCCUAAUUACCUUGAUGCUUUACAAUCCAAGAUAAUAGAAGUCUUGUGUCGAAUGGAGAUUGAAUUCCUUCCUUCGCUUUUCACUAUCAUGGUUCAUUUGUUAAUUCACCUUGUUAAGGAGGUAAAGCUCAGUGGACUCGUUCAUUACAGAUGGAUGUAUCCAAUUGAAAGGUACUUAGUCCAUCUUAAAACAUUUGUGAGAAAUAGAGGUCAACCAGAAGGUUCUAUUGCCGAAGGUUAUAUUCUUGAGGAAACAAUUACUUUUUGCUCAAGAUAUUUAGAAGGAGUAGAAACGCUCUUCAAUCGACCACGUCGCAACAAUGAUGAUAAUGAAAAUGCACCUAGUUAUUUGUUCAAUGCUAGUGGUCGGCCGGUUGGGGAGGUGAAACUCAUUAAUUUGAACCAUAAGAGCAAGAUACAAAUACAUUGUUAUGUGCUAACCUGUUGGCACUCUUAGGUUUUGAUGAUGACUACACUUUAUAUAAACAAAUGUAUUUUUAGAGAUUGUAUGCAGGUCGAUAUCCGGUCGUGAUUAAGAUCGUUUAUAGUACCUACGACUUAGUCUAUGAACAUGUACUUGUCAAAAGAAUCUAAAGAAGUUAGAUAAAGUAUAUCGCUUAGGAUGUCAAAUGUAGACAGGAGGUCUAUUGUUCCCAAGUUUGGUGAUCUAACGUUACUGAAAAAUGGAAACAGUGCAUUGUUUCCAGACUGGAGUUUGGAGAAGAUACGCCUGCAGGAAAAUUCUGAUUAAGUUUUUUUUUGAUUUUUAGUUGAUGUAUUAGUCAAAAUUAAUUUGUUGCAUUAUUUAACAAUUAAGUUAAUUGACAAAAUAUUUUAUAACCACCUAAAAUAUAACCGUGUGAUUUUCUAAGUAUGGAAUAUUUUUCUCCUUUUAAAAAGGCUUUUAUUUUGGAUCUAAAUUAAGUGAGUAACUAACUUACCUAUCGUUAGAAAAGGGGAACCGUAGCUAACUUACCUACUAUUAGAAAAGGAGAAUCGUAGCUUUUUGCUUAAGCAUCAAGCUUCCACUUAUUUCUCCCUUAAUUAUGAGAAAAGGUACAAGUGUUAACCGUGGGUUUUGACCUUGUAAUUCAUAUUCCAUAUUAUUCUCCUUAUUUUAGAGAUAAGGGAAUAAUGGGUAGUUACUUUCUUUUUCUUAGGUAAAUUAACACUAUAAAUAGAGGACUUGUUUGUUUCUCAAAAAUAGCCUUCGUAUGAGCCUUGAAAAUCUGAGUUUGAAAAAAUUAACAAGAAAUAUUUUGUUCAAAAAUUGCCAAUUAACUUAUAAUAUUUUCUCGUGCAACUCUUUAAUUUUAUCUUUAAAGAAUUUAACCUUGUAAAGGGUUUUUGAGAGAAUUAUUGUAAUUAGACUUGGGUAAGUCUAGGGGAGAAUUAGAAAGCUUCUAGUGAAGCUAGAGAAGAGAAUAGUUUUGAGUAAAGCUAAGAGAAAAACUUCGAGUGAAGCUAGAGAAAAAGAAAGAGAAGUUGGCCUAGUUAGAGAAGCUUCGAGUGAAGUAAGUUGUUUUAUGUAAUUGUAACGAAUUGCCUAAAACAUAUUGGAGAGUUUUGAAAUCCCGAGGGGUUAUGGUUUUUCCUGCUAUUUAGGCCUAAAAGGUUUUCACGUAAAAUUGUGUUGUCUCUUUUACUUUUUCGCAUUAAGUUUAAGUUUUAAUUCUUCAAUCUAAUUCCGCAAAAACAGGGCUAAAAUACUUAAACUUAUUAAAACAACAAUUCACCCCCUUCUUGUUGUCGUUCCUAUCUCUAAAACUGUCUACAUAACCCAAUUUUAGGAGUUACUUCAACCAUAUGAAAGGUAAGUGCUUAACUUAGGUAUCAUAUUAUUGAACCCAUUUGAACUACUUUGAAUUGUUAUAACACAUAUAUUACUUUUUGUAGACUGUGUUAGAGAUGGGAACGACAACAAGAGGUGGGGUGAAUUGUUGUUUUAAUAAGUUUAAGAAUUUUCAGCUCUGUUUUUGCGGAAUUAGAUUGAAGAAAUAAAACUUAAACUUAGUGUGAAAAGGUAAAAGAGACAACACAAUAUUAUGUGGAAACCUUCUAGGCCUAAAUAGAAGGAAAAAUCACAACCCAUCGGGAUUUCAAAACUCUCUAAUAUGUCUUAGGUAAUUCAUUACAAUUACAUAAAACAACUUGCUUCACUAAAAGUUUCUCUUACUAGGCCAACUUCUCUUUCUCUUUCUCUUGCUUCACUCGAAGCUUCUCUCUUAGCUUUACUCAAAGCUAUUCUCUUCUCUAGCGUCACUAAAAACUUUCUAAUUCUCCCCUAGACUUACCCAAGUCUAGUUACAACAAUUCACUCAAAAACCCUUUACAAGGAUAAUUCUGUAAAGAUAAAAUUAAAGAGUUGCACAAGAAAAUAUUAUAAAUUAAUUGACAAUUUUUGAACAAAAUAUUUCUUGUUAAUUUUUCUCAAUCUCUCUCGUAUGGAUUUUAUGGAUCAUACAAAGGCUGUUUUUGAGGAACAAACAAGUCUUCUAUUUAUAGAGUUACUUUACCUAAGAAAAAAAAAGUAACUACCCAUUAUUCCCUUAUCCCUAAAAAUAGGAAAAUAAUAUAGAACAUGAUUUACAAUGUCAAAACACACGGUUAAUCACUUGCACCUUUUCUCAUUAAUAAGGGAGAAAUAAGUGGAAGCUUGGUGCUUAAGCAAAAGCUAUAGUUCCCUUUUACUAAUAAUAGAUAGAUUAGUUACAUGGAUAAUAGCUAAAUUAGUUGCAGUUCCCCUUUUCUAAUAAUAGGUAAGUUGGUUACUCACUUAAUUUAUAUAAAAAAAAACAAGCCUAUUUUUAAAAGGAGAAUAAUAAGGAAAGAAAUAUUCCAUACUUAGAAAAUCACAUGGUUAUAUUUUAAGGUGAUUAUAAAAUAUUUUGCCAAUUAAUUUAAUUAUUAAAUAAUGCAACAAAUUAAUUUUAACUAAUACAUCAACUAAAAAUCAACUUAAUCAGAAUUUUCUAGCAGGCGUAUCUUCUCCAGACUUCAGUCUGGGAACAAUGCACUGUUUCCAUUUUUCAGUAACGUUAGCUUAUCAAACUUGGGAAUAGUAGAACUCCGAUCUACAUUUGACAUCCUAAGCGAUAUACUUUAUCUAACUUCAUUGGAUUUUUUUGACGAGUACACGUUCAUAGACUAAGUCAUAGAUACUAUCAACGAUCUUAAUCACGACCGGAUAUCGACCUGCAUACAAUCUCUAAAAAUACAUUUGUUUAUAUAAAGUAUAGUCAUCAUCAAAACCUAAGAGUGCCAACACUUUUAAUUAAUCGCAAAGAAUUCUUAUCUCAGAAGCAAAGGGAAAAUGAUAGAAUUACUAUUACUAAUAAUUUGGUGAUUAAAUGGAAGUUGGAGGAAUUUCCAGAUUGGUUAAAGUUACAGGUUACCGAUUAACAAAUUUUAUCAACUAAAUGUGAAUUAUUAUACUUUUUAUUGAUUUAUCUACUUAAACAAUAUAAUUUACUUAGGUACCUAACAUCGAUGAGGCCGAUCCCUAAAAAAGAUUGUUGAUAGCAUUGGCUUGUGGUCCAAGUUCAUAUGCUAAAAGAAUGAAGGGUUAUACGAUCAAUGAUUUCAAGUUCAAGACAUUUGCUAGUGAAAGAACUCGUGAAACUCAAAAUAGUGGAGUAAUGGUAGCAAUCGAUGGAAUUAAGUACUAUGAAAGAUUAUCAGAUAUACUUGAAGUUGACUACCUUGGAUCUUAUAAAGUUGUGGUUUAUCGUUAUAAUUGGGUGGACAUAGUAACUGGGAUAGAAUAUAGUGGUUCUAGAACUCGAGUGAGCUUUUCAAAGUUGAUUCACACGGGCUGAUUUUUAACUGAUGAGCCAUUUGUUAUUUCUAGUCAAGCUACUCAAGGUUUUUAUGUUAAGGAUAAAUCAGAAAAUGGUUGGAAUUAUGUAGUUGAAACUAAGCUUAGGGACUUGUUUGAAGUUUGAUGUAAUCAAUUAUUUUGGGCUGUCUAUUUUUUAUUUGUAAUGAUGAUAUAUUCUCAUCUUUUCGUUGUCACUGCAAGUUUUAUUAUCGUGAAAUCAUAACCUUUCGAAGUAAAGCUACGAAGAUCAAUGUUGAAAAUUAUGCUCAAAUCAAACAAGAGGGUAGUGCAACCCAAGCUCAUAUUGCUAAUUUUGGACCUUUUCAACCCAAAAAGUCCAUUGAUACUCCAGCACAAGAUCCCUCUACUAGCUUGGUACCUACUGUUAUCAAGAAACAUGAUCUCAAAGCUUUACCUCUUGAUAAAAGCUUUACGACUCGAACCGUGAAGACUUCAACUAAUACUCCAACAAUUGAUCCUUCUUCAAGCUUUAAACCUACAGUGACCAAGAAAUAUGAUCCCAAAGCUUUACCUCUUGAUAAAAGCUCUAUGUCUUGAACCUUGAAGACUUCAACUAGUACUCCAGCACUUGAUCCAUCUACUAACUUUAAACCUACAAUUACUAAGAAACAUGAUCCCAAAGCUUUACCUCUUGAUAAAGGCUUUAUGUCUCGAACCUUGAAGACUACAACUUGUAAACCUACAAUAACCAAGAAUCAUGAUCCCCUUCUACCUAUAAAUCUACAUUAAAGGAUGUUGUUGAAGAGUCAUGUAAGGAAAAUGAAGAUCCCAAAGAGCAAGAUGAGCAUUCAAAAGAAAUGGAGACAAAGGUUCCCGGGAGAAGAAAACAGGUGUGGAAGCCAGGGGGUAAUGUUCAUUGGAAAGAGAAUAUAGAUGUGGAUCCAGAUGAGGUUGUCCAAGUAGAAGGUAUACAUACAUGAAUGAUCAUAAUAUGCAUAUUUGAUACAAAUUGUGUAUUUAUUAUUGAUUAUUUUUUUAUUGAGCAGAGAUAACGGAGAAUGAGCCUCCAAAAUUAGGAAUAAUGGAGGGGACUAUAGUUUGCUAAGCAUGUUCGGUGCUUACCAUCAGGAAGAAGGAUCAUUGUUCAUUUUAAUAAAUAUGAUCAACCAAUUAGAAGGGGGGACUUGUACUUGUUCUUUUUCUUUCUGAAUUGUCAAAGGAUGAAACCUUUUGUCCACUUGGAGCACAAAAUUGGAAAUGUGUUGAUGAUCAUUACAAGCAAAGGAUCAUUAAAACAUUUUGGGUAUGCAUUAAACAUUCUUUAUUAUUAUAAUUUAAUAUGAAUAUUCUCACCAAAUGCUUAUUUGACAAAGGAGAUUCUCACCAUAUAUAUAGGACAAAUUUGUGUUACCUGAUACGAAAGAGAUUCGUCGAAUGGUAUUGUCACAUAUAAAUAUGAAGUGGAAGCAUUACAAGUGAGAGCUUCAAAGGGACUAUUAUCAACCUAAUGUAACAAAGGAAAAUAUUAUUGAGAAUAUGCCUAAAAAUGUGAUAAAAGAGUAGUGGAUUAGCUUGGUUUCUUACUGGGCCUCAGAUAAGUUCAAGGUAUUUGUACAUAGUGUAUUGUAAUAAAUUUAACAUAAAUUUAAGUUUUAUAUUUAACAAGUUAGAAACUAAUAAUUUAAUAUUGACUGAAAUUAUCAACAUUGGGAAAAAGAGCUCGAGAAAUGCAUAAUCAUGUACAUACUACAGGGUCAAAAAGUUAUGCUCAAUGGAAAACUGAAUUUGUAAGUAUAACUACAAUUAUGGUUAAUGCUUAUAAUGAGACAAUUGCAUUUGCUUGUAUCAAGAGAACCUAGUGGGUUAGAAAUGUGAAAUCAAAGAGAACCAAGUGGGUUAGAAAUGUGGAAUCGUACUCACACUACAAAAAGUGGUGGUUAUGUAGAGGGUACAUAUACUCAAGAAUUCAUGCU